AUGGGGGAGGCUGUGGGCCCUGGCGCUGUGGCAGAGGCCGAAGAGCUCUCCGAGGAGGGGGAGGGGGAGGGCGAGCUGGGCCCGAAAGCUUUGGUGGUUUUGGGGCCUGCCGUUUUUUGGUUGGUAUCUGGGGGCUUGCAGCAAAAGAGUGUGAUAGUUUGGUUCCAGCAGACAACAGUUGUUCCAUUUUCUCUGAGAAGCACAGAAGUGGAGAUGCUGGAGAGACGGAUAACGUGUCAGCAGGAGGAGCAGCUGCAGCAGUUGGGGCAGCAGGAGGAGCAGCUGGGGCAGCAGGAGGAGCCGCUGGGGCAGCAGGAGGAGCCGCUGGGGCAGCAGGAGGAGCCGCUGGGGCAGCAGGAGGAGGAGCCGCUGGGGCAGCAGGAGGAGGAGCCGCUGGGGCAGCAGGAGGAGGAGCCGCUGGGGCAGCAGGAGGAGCCGCUGGGGCAGCAGGAGGAGCCGCUGCAGCAUUUGAGGCAGCAUGGGGAGCAACUGCAGCAUUUGAGGCAGCAUGGGGAGCAACUGCAGCAUUUGAGGCAGCAUGGGGAGCAACUGCAGCAUUUGAGGCAGCAUGGGGAGCAACUGCAGCAUUUGAGGCAGCAUGGGGAGCAACUGCAGCAUUUGAGGCAGCAGGAGGAACAGCUGCAGCAGUUGAGGCAGCAGGAGGAACAGCUGCAGCAGUUGAGGCAGCAGGAGGAGCAUUUGCAGCAUUUGUGGCAGCAGGAACAGCAGCAGGUCCUGCGAUUCUGCGAGUUUUUCUUGGAGCUGCUGCUCUUGAGGGAGCCAUUGGAGGAAGAGUCACUGGAUGGAAAUAUGUAG